ACUUGCUUGGUUGCCUCCGAUUUCUGACAAUGCUGUACCAGAUUUUUGGCUUGUUUUUUAUCCUUGGACUGGUCAUUGGUUUUCAUUGGGAAAACCAUCUUAGUGAUAGAGCUCUAUGCCAUCAGCCAGUACAUACGGGAAAUUGUGAAGCCACAGUUUUCGCUUGGUACUAUAAUCCAAAGAAGAAAUCCUGCCUUCGAUUCCGAUAUGCUCUCUGUGGAGGAAAUUCGAAUCGAUUCUAUACAAAGGCGGAGUGCGAGAGCAUUUGUCUGAAGAAUUGGUGAUUCAGAUCCGAAAUAUUAACCCUAACGAAACAAAUCGGCUUUGAAGAUGCAUAAUCUGGAUGCCUAGGUUUUGGAUACUACAAUCCAAUUAACUUUUAUGGAAGGAUCCUAAUUACAUUAUAUUCUUAGGUUGUAAACAAUUAACGAAAUAUAAAAAUAAUUUAAUAAUUU